AUGUCUUUUCGCUCGAGUUGGUGUUCCUUCUGCUUUUCGACGCCUCCUCCUGUUCUUCUUCUUCGUCCGAAAAGUCAAAGAUCUUCUUCGAAUCGUUCUUCUUUGAGAGGUGGUGGUCGUUCUUUUCUUUCGUCCGCUGCUUCUUCGUCUGGAAACGCGCAAAACAAUUCGGGCGACGAUGAUGCCGACGGAGAUGAUUUUGAGGAUGAUUCCGUGAAAAGAAGAAGUGAAACAAACGAGAAAAAAGGAAACGCUUUUAUUAAAGAAGAGACAGAGGAGACGAACGAAGUUCUAAACUCGUUCGAGGAGAGACUGGAACUGGCGAUUGAAGAAGCGCGAGAGAUUUUGACCGAAGCGACGAAGCGAGCGCGAGACGAGACGAGACGAGAGUUGUUGGAAACAUUCAGCGAAACUUUUUAUACCACCACUACUACUACUACUACUACCAAAGCGACGAAAACAGAGAAGUUUUUUAAGGGAAGAAAAGAGAACGAUGAAAACAAAAUCACCGACGAGAACCGCGCUUUGAACAUCGCUCGAACGCAAUCGUUCUUAGAAAUCAAAUUCAAAAUGCGAGACUUUGAAGCCGCGCGGGUGGCGAAGAAUUUGGCGCUGUCGAAAUCGGUGUACGAAGACUGCGACGAUUUGAUGGUUCAAGUGGACAGAUUGGAGAAAGCGUUGCCGGAUGUAAACGUGGGGAAGUUGUUACAGAACGACGCGUCGAUCGUGUCUUCCGUGAAUGUCGCCAAAGCGGUGCAGAAUAUGAUGACUUUGUACGAGCUUGGAUUCAAACGCGAACGCGUGCCGUUGAUGCUGGAGGAGUGUCCGAGACUUUUAUUGGACGAGACGGACUUGUCCGCGAGAGACAGGAUACGACUCGUCACGGAGAGAAUCCAAUCGAUUUUCCCGGAUGAAACCGACGAGGGGUGUUUAUACGCCAUCGGCGAAGAGCCGAACUUGUUGUGGGCGCUGGCAGAUUUAGAGAUUUUCAAUCGAGAGGCGAGAGUGGAUAUCGCCGAGUUGCCCAUGAGCGUCCAAGGUAAGUCGCUUAUAUUAUAA